GGGGAGCAGCAAGUCCGCGUUAAGCGCUAACGCAUGCGCAUAGCUAACCGCACCCGCCUCAGCUUCCCUUUCUUGGCCAGAGGCGCCGGUUGGACUCACGGGAGGGGCAUGAUGGUGGUAGGUACAGGCACCUCGCUGGCGCUUUCCUCCCUCCUGUCCCUGCUGCUCUUCGCUGGGAUGCAGAUGUACAGCCGUCAGCUGGCCUCCACCGAGUGGCUCACCAUCCAGGGCGGCCUGCUUGGCUCGGGUCUCUUCGUGUUCUCGCUCACUGCCUUCAAUAAUCUGGAGAAUCUUGUCUUUGGCAAAGGAUUCCAAGCAAAGAUCUUCCCUGAGAUUCUCCUGUGCCUCCUGUUGGCUCUCUUUGCAUCUGGUCUCAUCCACCGAGUCUGUGUCACCACCUGCUUCAUCUUCUCCAUGGUUGGUCUGUACUACAUCAACAAGAUCUCCUCCACCCUGUACCAGGCAGCAGCUCCAGUCCUCAUACCAGCCAAGGUCACAGGCAAGAGCAAGAAGAGAAAUUGACCCUGAAUGUUCAAUAAAGUAGAUUCUUUGUA